AUGUCCAUGUUUUCAAGAUUGAUUCAAGAAAACAUUCGGGGGACAAAGGACGGUGGUUAUGGCCAUAGGGGCGGUGGAGACCCAUGUUUGGUCCUCAACUCCAACCAAAAAACCCGCCUCUGGUGGACGGCUGACCUCCAUGAACGGUUUGUUGUUGCUGUAGCUCAACUUGGUGGCGCCAACAAAGCUACCCCAAAGGCUUUACUGCGGACAAUGGGUGUUAAGGGAUUGACUCUAUUUCAUUUAAAGAGUCACCUCCAGGCUGAAAAACAUUUGCAGAUUCGUCAGGAUGCUGAGAGAAGGUAUAUGGCUAUUUUGGAGCAAGCCUGCAAGAUGCUCGUCGAUCAAAUUAUUGGAUCUGCAGUGGUAAAUGAUGGAGAGGGUUAUCAAGAGAACGGAACAGAUUCAAUCCCUUGUGCUUCCCGCGUCAUCUGCUGGAUUGCCUCAAGAAGGAUCUUCACCGGGCGAAAGAGGCAAAUGAUGAACGUGGAUUUGACAACCGGAUCAUUUACAUGGGGUGAAUCGGAUUUCAGAAGCCUGGAUUUGCACGUGGUUUACUUUUUAGAAUUAAGCUUAAUUGUCUUGCCAAGGCGACGGAGAAGGAGAGGCCCGCCAUUGUCAAAUCCAAGAGCAACAAGAAAAGCAGAAAUGGCUGCAAAUUUCAUACCGCCUCUAGCCACAGUGCAUCCGGUGGUUCAACCACUAGCCUUCUUGCUUGGCACUUGGAGAGGCCAAGGCGAGGGCAGUUUCCCCACCAUCACCCCUUUUACUUAUUCUGAAGAGCUCAACUUUUCUCACUCUCCCAACAAGCCCGUCAUAGCUUAUUCUUCAAAGACUUGGAAAUUGAACACCAAUCAGCCUAUGCACGCUGAAAGUGGAUACUGGAGACCCCAAAUUGAUGGGACCAUUGAAGUUGUAAUUGCACAGAGCACUGGUCUAGCUGAAGUCCAGAAAGGAACAUUUGAUGCAGAACAGAGAAUUGUGAAGCUAAAGAGUGCACUUGUCGGGAAUGCUUCAAAGGUAAAGCAGAUAACGCGAGUUUUCAAAAUGGGUAAUGGAGAACUAUGUUAUGAGGUCAAAAUGGCUACCAAUCUCACGGAUCUUCAACCUCAUUUGAAAGCUUCUCUUAAGAAGAUAUGA